AUGUCACAACUUACAGAAUGGCAAUUUAGACAAGUAACGCCACAUAUAAAUUCAACAAUACCCAAUUUAAAAACUUGGUAUCUUUCAAAACCUAACUCCCUAUCUCAUCAAAUUCAUUUAGAUUUAUUAUAUAAUGAUUUAAUUCUUGACCCAUUUGUAAAUGAUAAUGAAUUAAUUGUUAAUUGGAUUAGUGAAGUUAAAUGGGAAUAUAAAACAUUAUUUGAAUCAUCAGUUAAUACUACUAUUAAUCAAGGUUAUUUAAUUUUAAAUCAAUUAGAUAAUGAUGUUAAAGUAAUUUUAAAUAAUGAUAUAAUUUUACAAAGUGAAAAUUCAUUUCAUAAACAUAUAAUUGGACCAAUAAAUUUUACUACCAAUACCAAUGAAUUGAGACUAAUUUUAGAUUCUGGGUUUGCAAGAGGUAAGGAAUUGGAGACAAAAUCUGGUUCAAAGCCAUGUUGGAAUGGAGAUUGUUCAAGAUUAUAUGUUAGAAAACCUCAAUAUCAAUAUGGUUGGGAUUGGGGGCCUACUCUACUAACUUGUGGAUUUGAUGAAAUAUUGGUAGUUUUUGAACCUUUUGUUGAAGAUUUUUUUAUAAGAUAUAAAUUUAAUAAUGAAUUAAACAUUGCGUUUCUAAAUUUUGAAAUUAAUACAUUGAUAAUUGGUCAAUUUAAAUUUAAAUUGGGAAAAAUGGAAAUUUUUAAAAAUAAUCAAUAUUUUGAAACUUUACAAUUCAAUAAAUUUGAUAAAUUUACUAAUAUUAGUUAUAUAUUAAAUGAUGUUGAAUUAUGGUGGCCUAGAAAAUAUGGAAGACAAAAUUUAUAUACUUUUAAAUUAUAUUUAAAUGAAAAAUUAAUGAUAACCAAAACAACAGGUUUUAGAAAAAUUGAAAUUAUAACAGAAUCAGAUGAAUUUGGUGAAUCAUUUUAUUUUAAAAUUAAUAAUAAAUCAAUUCAAAUGAUUGGAUCAAAUUGGAUUCCUCCAAAUUCAUUUAUUUCAAAUAUGACCAUAGAAGAUUAUAUAUAUUAUUUAGAUCUUGUGGUUGAUAGUAAUCAAAAUAUGAUUAGAGUAUGGGGAGGAGGAAAUUAUGAAAAUGAUGAAUUUUAUAAAAUUUGUGAUGAAUUAGGUAUAUUGGUAUGGCACGAUUUUAUGUUUGCUUGUGGUAUAUAUCCAUAUGAAUCAUUUAUCAUUAAUAAUAAUGAAAAAACAGUAAAUUCAAUUGAAAAAGAAAUUAUUGAUGUUUUAAAAAAAUUAAGAAAUCAUCCAAGUAUUAUUAUAUAUGUUGGGAAUAAUGAAGAUUAUCAAAUUGCAGAUUCUUUAAAAAUUGAUCAAAAUAAUAAAACUUCUUUUCCAGCUAAAUCAAUUUAUGAAGAAAUUAUCCCCUUCCAAAUUUCAGAGCUAACUAAUAAUGUAAUUUAUAGAUUUGGAUCACCAUAUUCAGGAACUAAUAUAAGUUCAUAUGAUAUAAAUUAUGGAGAUUCUCAUCAAUGGAAUGUAUGGCAUGGAUCAAAACAACCAUAUCAAAAUUGGAAUAAUUUAACAACAAGAUUUACAAGUGAAUUUGGUAUGUUAUCAUUACCUUCAUAUAAUUUAUUAAAAACAUAUAUAACUGAUCCACUCGAGCUAAAACCAAAUCUGAAAAUGAUUAAAUUUCAUACAAAAGCAAAUAAUAAAGAAAAUUUACCUUAUUAUGUAUGGAUGAAUUUUAAUAAACCUGAGGAUUUAGAUUUAAAGCGGUGGAUUUAUUUAACUCAAAUAAUGCAAUCAGAAUCUAUUGAAUUAGCAUUUAGAUAUUGGAAACAAAAAUGGUUUCAAAAUCAAUGUGGUGGAAUUCUAGUUUGGCAAUUAAAUGAUUGUUAUCCAAGUAUAUCUUGGUCAAUUAUUGGAUUUGAUCAAAUUCCAAAAUUAAGUUAUUAUGGUAUGAAAAGAGAAUUAAAAGAUAUUGUUAUAGGUUCAAGAAGAUAUGAAGGUGAAAAUAUUUUGUCAAAUACUCUUGAAGGACAAUUGAUCCUUUCAAAUUCAAAAAAUGUUCUUAAAUUUGAUGUUUGGGGGAUAGGUAACAAUGUAACGAAUUCAACUUUAAAAAUGGAUUUUUACACUAGUGAAGGAUAUUUGUUUCAUCAACUUGAAAUAAAUUAUAUUGAUCUUAAAGAUAAUGAAGUUAAGAAUAUUUUACAAAAUCACGUAUUUGAAAAAUUUAAUUUUAAAAAUGAUACAAUAGUUUCCUUACGCUUAAUAACAUCAAAAGAUGAAGUUGUAGCAAGAUCAUCAAAUUGGCCAAAUUAUUUAAAAAAUUUAAAUUGGCUAGUAUUAACAAAUAAUUUAAAUCUUACUUACCAAUAUUUAAAAAAUGGUAAAUUUAAAAUUUCAACAAAUAAACCUUUAAAAAAAUUACAAUUAUAUUUUGAAGAUCACAACAAAAAUGAAAUAGAUUAUAUUUUUAAUGAUAAUGGAAUUGAUUUAUUUCCUAAUGAUGAUCAAAUUAUUCAAGUAUUUAAUUUUAAUGAGAAUGAUUUAAAAUUUUUGAAAUUAAGAUACUUGGAUUUUUAA